UCGUCUCCAUAAAAUGAAAUGAAAUGAAAUUAGGGACGAGCAAAAUCUCCAUAAAAUGCAAAAGUAGUUCACUACCAACACUACAGAGAUCUCCGUUUGAGUUGCGUCUCAACGACUGAAAACGAAGACAAAUUACUUCACCAAUUGCCGCCAGAUCUAUUUUCUGGCUAUGUUUAUUCACUAAACUGCAUAUUCUAAGAUGAAUAUAUUCAGGUUAGCGGGGGAUAUGACCCAUUUGGCAAGUGUCCUUGUUUUGCUCCUCAAAAUUCAUACCAUCAAAUCUUGUGCUGGCGUUUCUCUGAAGACUCAGGAACUCUAUGCUAUUGUUUUUGUUACUCGAUAUUUGGAUCUCUUCACGGACUAUAUCUCAUUCUACAACACAUUAAUGAAAAUAAUUUUCUUGGGAAGUUCUAUAUCAAUAGUCUGGUAUAUGAAGCAUCACAAGGUUGUCCGCAGAUCCUACAACAAAGACCAGGACACUUUCCGCCACUACGUCCUUAUGCUACCCUGUCUGUUUUUAGCACUAAUUGUAAAUGAGAGAUUUUCCUUCAAAGAGGUGAUGUGGGCAUUUUCCUUAUACUUAGAAGCAGUUGCCAUCCUUCCUCAGUUAGUUUUGCUGCAGAGAACAAAGAAUAUUGACAACCUGACUGGACAAUACGUUUUUUUUCUAGGUGCAUACCGAGCAUUUUAUAUUCUUAACUGGAUUUACCGCUACUUCACUGAACCGCACUAUGUCCACUGGAUAAUUUGGAUUUCAGGACUUGUUCAGACUCUUCUAUAUGCUGAUUUCUUCUAUUAUUACUUUGAAAGCUGGAAGAAUAACGUGAAGCUCGAACUGCCUGCUUAAGAUCGCUUUGAGAAAGAUACAAAAGGGUGCAAGAGUUUUGAGAAACAGAUGGGAGCGGUUUAGAACUAACUAAGGGUCACCCUGUAGCUGGAGGUCUGAGAAGAGGCGAAGCGUCUUUGGUUACUUGAAUGAAGCAAAUGAUAUAUGAUUCCUUCACGUUUGUUUAUCAAAUAUGGGGAAAAUGUUUUAACAGGUGUUUCUUUUUUCAGUCCUGUUUGUGCAGUCCAUAGUUCCAUAUGCACACAUAAAUGGUGGCUGGAAAUCUCAAGAAAUAACAUAUUUGUAGUUACAUAUAUAAAGAAAUUAUAAAUGUGCCGUUGUAAUAUGAGAUUGUGCUUGUAUUUUGAAUCGUCACAUAGUGUAUGGUCUCAAAUAAGUUUUCA